AUGGAGGAAGUCUUCUCCAAUGGCCUAGGCCAGGUGGAGGCUUCCCUCCUACGUUUUGCUGCACCCUGCGUGGCCGAGUUCUCACCCUCGCUGUACUUUAUUGAAGCCUUUGGUUUACACGGCUGCCUCCCGCAGGCUUCUCAGACCAGGGACUCAGAGCUCAAUAAAUAUUUGCGGCCUAAAUUUGACAACCCGAGGAGGACCAGCAUUCUGCAUCAUUCACUGGGGUUCCUGAUUGUCCUGGGAUGCUUGAUUCUGGCCGUGCUGACCACGUUCAGGGAGUACGAGACUGUUUCGGGAGACUGGCUGCUAUUACUGGAAACAUUUGCUAUUUUCAUCUUUGGAGCCGAGUUUGCUUUGAGGAUCUGGGCUGCCGGAUGUUGCUGCCGAUACAAAGGCUGGCGAGGAAGACUGAAGUUUGCCAGGAAGCCCCUGUGCAUGCUGGGCCGGGCCCCACGACUCGCUCCUCUGGGUGUCGGCAACACAGAGUGGAGGCCCGUGUUGCACGGGGAGCUCAUCACCGCCUGGUACAUUGGGUUCCUGACCCUCAUCCUUUCUUCAUUUCUUGUCUACCUGGUUGAGAAAGACGUGCCCGAGGUGGAUGCACAGGGAGAAGAGAUGAAGGAGGAAUUCGAGACCUAUGCAGAUGCCCUCUGGUGGGGCCUGAUCACACUGGCUACCAUUGGCUACGGAGACAAGACGCCCAAAACGUGGGAGGGCCGCCUGAUUGCAGCCACCUUUUCCUUAAUCGGCGUCUCCUUUUUUGCCCUUCCAGCGGGCAUCCUGGGGUCGGGGCUGGCACUCAAGGUACAGGAGCAGCACCGGCAGAAGCACUUUGAGAAAAGAAGGAAGCCGGCCGCUGAACUCAUUCAGGCUGCCUGGAGGUAUUAUGCUACCAACCCAAACAGGAUUGAUCUUGUGGCAACGUGGAGGUUCUAUGAAUCAGUCGUCUCUUUUCCGUUCUUCAGGAAAGAACAGCUGGAAGCUGCAGCCAGCCAAAAGCUGGGUCUCUUGGAUCGGGUUCGCCUUUCUAAUCCUCGUGGUAGCAAUACUAAAGGAAAGCUAUUUACCCCUCUGAAUGUAGAUGCCAUAGAAGAAAGUCCUCCUAAAGAACCAAAGCCUGUUGGCUUAAACAAUAAAGAACGCUUCCGCACCGCCUUCCGCAUGAAAGCCUACGCUUUCUGGCAGAGCUCUGAAGAUGCUGGGACAGGUGAUCCCAUGGCAGAAGACAGGGCCUACGGGAAUGACUUCCUCAUCGAAGAGAUGAUCCCCACCCUGAAGGCCGCCAUCCGAGCCGUCAGAAUUCUACAAUUCCGUCUCUAUAAAAAAAAAUUCAAGGAGACUUUGAGGCCUUACGACGUGAAGGAUGUGAUUGAGCAGUAUUCUGCAGGACAUCUCGACAUGCUUUCCAGGAUCAAGUACCUUCAGACAAGAAUAGACAUGAUUUUCACCCCUGGACCUCCGUCUACCCCAAAACACAAGAAGUCUCAGAGAGGGGCAGCGUUCACCUACCCAUCCCAGCAAUCUCCCAGGAACGAACCGUACGUAGCCAGAACAUCCACAUCAGAAAUCGAAGACCAAAGCAUGAUGGGGAAGUUUGUGAAAGUUGAAAGACAGGUUCAUGACAUGGGAAAGAAACUGGACUUCCUCGUGGAUAUGCACAUGCAGCACAUGGAAAGGCUGCAGGUGCACGUCACGGAGUACUACCCGACCAAGGGCACCUCCUCGCCGGGCGACGUGGAGAAGAUGGAGAACAACCGAGAUUCUGAUUUGAAAACCAUCAUCUGCAACUAUUCGGAGACGGGCCCCCCCGAGGCCCCCUACAGCUUCCACCAGGUGCCCAUUGACAAAGUCGGCCCCUACGGGUUUUUUGCCCAUGACCCAGUGACCCUUCCCCGAGGAGGACCCAGUUCGGGAAAGGUCCAGGCGACGCUUUCCUCCUCAGCAACGACGUAUGCAAAAAGGCCCACCGUCCUGCCUGUCUUGACUCUUCUCGACUCCCGAGUGAGCUAUCACUCCCAGGCUGAACUGCAUGGCCCCUGCUCGGACCGGGUCUCCCCUCGGCAGAGACGGAGCAUCACGCGGGACAGUGACACGCCCCUGUCCCUGAUGUCAGUCAACCACGAGGAGCUGGAGAGGUCUCCGAGUGGCUUCAGCAUCUCCCAAGACAGAGACGAUUACGUGUUUGGCCCCAACGGGGGGUCGAGCUGGAUGAGGGAGAAACGUUACCUCGCCGAGGGUGAGACAGACACGGACACGGACCCCUUCACACCCAGUGGCUCCCUGCCUCUGUCAUCCACAGGGGACGGGAUUUCUGAUUCCGUAUGGACCCCUCCCAACAAGCCCAUUUAA